UCACGCCCCAGCCGCGCCAUGUACCGGGCCCUGUACGGCUUCCGCUCGGCCGAGCCCAGCUCUCUGGCCUUCGCCGCCGGCGAGACCUUCCUGCUGCUGGAGCGGAGCAACCAGCACUGGUGGCUGGUGACCCGGGCGGGCUCCGGGGAGACAGGCUACGUGCCGGCCUCGUACCUGCAGCGCCUACAGGUGCUGGAGCAAGAUGUGGUUCUGCAGUCGAUUGACAGAGCUAUUGAGGCCAUUCAUAAUGUGGCUAUGAAGAAUGGAGGAAAAUACAACUUGGAACAGAGGGAUGUCCUCCAAAAGUUGAUCCAUCAUCGGAAGGAAACGGUUUCCCGCAAAAGUCACUCAUCAUCCACUCAAGGGAUGACUCCAUCUUCCAGCGAUCACCAUCUGGACCUCUCCAGGCAACCCAAUGGUGUCUGCAGGACUGGGUAUGAGCGACACCACAGCUUGCCUAACACAGACCCCCAAGAGGAUGAAAGUGGUGUUUAUCAGAUCCCGCCACAGCCCCGCCGUGCUGCUCCUGUAACUCCCCCACCACCGGAAAAACACAAGAACGUGCAGACGGCUGCCUCUAUUAAAAGUGCGGUUGGAAUCCCCUCUGGGUCGGUUUCUAGCGCCUCGUCUGUAAGCACAACUUCACUGGAUACCUUGUACACGGGUUCGACCGAGUCGGGUCUCCCAACUGCUUCUCCCAGCCCUAGCAACACUCCUCCCCCUGUUCCCAGCAGAAGUGCCCAUACGAUGGUGUCACGCAGCUUAGAUGUCAGCCCUGUACUGCCAAGGAAGCACGGGAGUGCAAGCAAGUCUCCCCAGUCCAAAAGGGCUGCCCCACCACCUCCCGCGCAGACGGAGGCUUCAGAUGCCAAUGGUGAGACGCGCAUGCAAGCCAAGGAGGUUGCGCCAGUUGCUCCUGCAGGGUUAGGAGACGUCGACUCUCCUUGCCUGGAAGAUAAGAAGUCCGCUGAUUUGGAGGACGUGGAAGAGGAGUCUCCAGGCCUAGUAGUAUCCAUGCCAAAGACCAUAGGUGCCGAGUUGAUUGAGCUUGUCCGCAGGAACACAAAUCUCAGUUAUGAGCUCUCCCGGGUUGCCAUAGGUGUGGUGAUUGGCCACAUUCAAACGUCCGUUCCUGCCACUAAUAGCAUCAUGGAGCAGAUUCUCAUCUCACUGGUGGAAAGCAAGGAUCUGUGUUCUGGGCUGCCUUCUGGACAGAUCUGUCAUGAUGAACAGAGGCUGAAGGUGAUAUUUGCAGAUUUGGCCCGUCAUAAAGAUGACGCCCAGCAACGCAGUUGGGCCCUCUACGAAGAUGAAAAUGUCAUUUGCUGUUAUUUGGAGGAACUGCUUCGUAUCCUGACAGAUGCAGAUCCUGAAGUUUGCAAGAAGAUGUGCCGGAAGAAUGACUUUGAAUCGGUUUUGUCCCUUGUUACAUACUAUCAGAUGGAGCACAGAGUCCCAUUACGGCUGCUGCUUCUGAAGUGUUUUGGAGCAAUGUGCAACUUGGAUGCUGCUAUUAUCUCUGCUCUGGUGAAUUCUGUCUUGCCCAUGGAGCUGGCACGGGACAUGCAGACUCACACGCAAGACCAUCAGAAGAUGUGCUACUCUGCCUUGGUGCUGGCUAUGAUAUUCUGUAUGGGAGAACCGCUGCCAUAUCAUCACUAUGAGCACCUCAAUUCCCAGUUUGUCCAGUUCCUAUUCGAUGUGAUUGAAGACGGGUUGCCCUCCGAUACCACAGAACAGCUGCCUGACCUGUUCAUUAAUGUUCUUCUGGCAUUUAAUCUUCACAUUCCAGUUCCUGAGCAUAAUGUGAUCAUGGUUACGUUGAGCAAGCACUCCAACGUCAAAACCUUCACAGAAAAGCUGCUUCUUCUCCUGAACCGCGGAGACGAUCCGGUGUGCAUCUUCAAGCAUCAGCCCCAGCCGCCGCACUCCGUGUUGAAAUUCCUGCAAGAUGUCUUUGCCAGCAAGGACACCGCCAACAUCUUCUACCACACGGACAUGAUGGUCAUGAUUGACAUAAUUGUGAGGCAGAUUGCGGACCUCUCUCCUGGAGAAAAGCUGCGAAUGGAGUACUUGUCUCUGAUGCAUGCUCUCAUGCGGUCUACGGCGUACCUGCAGCAUAAGCACCGUUUCAUGGACUUGCAAGGGACUUUGCAGCGCAUUAUGGUGGAAGAAGAGGAGAGCCCCCAGUGCCAGAUGGACAAAAUGAUCAUCCAGGAGAUCUAUAAAGAGUUUCCAGAAAUAUGCCCUGGAGCCAGCUAACUGGCCCAGGGAGAGAAGGAUUUGGAAUAAUAAUAAAAAAAAGAUGCCUCUUGUGGAUGUAUCCUUCCCAUCCCUUUCCAAUACUGCUCAUGCCUUGCUGUCCCUUCAAGUGAGUACCUAAAGUUUAAGAGGAGUGCGAAAAGGCCCUACGGAAGACGCUUCAGCAUUGACGCAAGCCCAUGCGAAGAGCAUUCAGGAUGGUCUGCUUUUUGACAGGGCGGGGGAGGCAGAACUGUUACCGGCAAGCGGGUGGCACUCUGGUGCCGAUGGCAUGCUUUGACAAGAGUAGGCGCAUAUUUAUUCCCGUCCUAGUGACCUUUGUGCUAAAAGAGGACAGCGGGCCUUGUGAUCUUUGUGCUUGUCCCUAGGGUACCUAAGCAAGAGGUCUCUGCCGUAAACAUCCAUGCGCACAUGUGUUUCUUGUCCUGCAGCUACACAGUGAAUUAGGCCAGUGUUAGGAACAAGCUUUUGUAACUCCUUGUGUGGUACCUCUAGCAAAUGUGGGCGGGGGGGGGGACACAUGCUACAGGCCUCACAAGGCCGCCGCUUGCUACUCUUAAACAAUGUGCCUCGUGAGCCCUUCCCAACCCAGUUCUUGUGAACUGGGCGAGAGCAGCCGAGCCCCUCUUCCGUCUCGAAGACCUCCUCUAAGCCAGCACCUGCUUCUCUUUCACAGCUUGAUGUAGUGGUGUUUACACUUGGACGUCUUGCACACGGCACUAGCAGGGGCGUGACGAUCGUCCAGGCAGCAGGGAGGUCCUUCAAAAGGCCUUGCCGCUUCGGCUCGCUGCUCAGGUGUGUCCUCUUUGAAAGCUAUUGCUUGUCUCCUGCGAUGUGCUAGUCCUCGUUGCCUCUGGCGCUGCACACGCGAGGCCGCUGUAUCUGUAGAUGGCGACGCACGGUGCUCUCUUUCCGCCUGGGGGUGUUUCUUGCCUUGAGCUUAGUUGCAGUCGGUUCUGCCUAGCGUUACCUUUUCAUGUCCCGAAGGCUGCCUCAGCCCGACGUCUGCUAGCUCUGCUCCUUAAUAUGCACAAGUUGGGAGAGCUCCCUUUCCUUUAUCUAAUUCCUCCAGGUCUCCAGCAAAAUGGAUUUCCUAGCUUUUCCUGUUUAGAUCUUUCCGACAGGCUCACAUACCAAUACGGGUCUGUAAUAUCUUAAUAAACCUGCACGCUGCCAAAGCUCUUUGCAGUUGGGUAAACAAGAGCUUUGCAACCUUCGGUGUCAAAGUGGCUGGAAUUUAAACUGGAAAUAUUUGGAUAACGUCUCAACCUAAUGUGUACCCAAUGAAUUUGAAUCUGUUUCUUGGGCCCAGGCAGCUGCUUGAUGCAGCGUCCGUGCAGGGAGCCUCUGGCACUGGCCGUCAGCCCCGAGCACGCCAGCGAGGUGAUAAUUGGGAGUCGCUGUCCGAGAUGAGUGGAAAGCCCUAUUUUUAAACCAAGUGUUUAAAAGCCAAUCAUUGUGAGCAUUGAAAGGGAUUUGUAUUUUCAUAGAAUCCAAUAAAGGUAGUCAAUGGAGAAA